AAUCAGGUAAGCCUCAAAAGAAUAUUCUAUUUCAUCUCCUCCACUCUGCACCACUCUCACUCCAAUUUCACCGGAAUGAAGCCUCAUCCAAACAUGGCCUUUUUCUCUCUCUACUCUCUCUCCUCUCUCCUCUUUCUCUCUCUCCUCACUUCCGCCUUCUCGUCCGACGCCGGCCAGGAGACCUUCAUCGUCCACGUCAUCAAAUCUGAGAAGCCUCUCACCUUCUCCACCCACCACCACUGGUACUCCAGCAUCAUCAAAUCCCUCCCUCCCCACCACCGCCCCGCCGAGAUCCUCUACACUUACGAUCGCGCCGUCCGCGGAUUCUCCGCCCGAUUAUCCGCCGCCCAGGCCGAUGCUCUCCGCCGUGUUCCCGCCGUCGUCUCCGUUAUCCCCGACGCAGUACGGUACCUGCACACUACUCACACUCCGAAGUUUUUGGGACUCGCCGAUUCGUUCGGCCUGUGGCCCAACUCCGACUACGCCGAUGACGUCAUCGUCGGUGUUCUCGAUACUGGUAUCUGGCCGGAGAGAUCUAGCUUCUCCGAUGAAGGACUCUCCGCCGUUCCUUCGCAUUGGAAGGGGAGUUGCGUUGACGCCGCUGAUUUCCCUGCGACGUUGUGCAAUAAAAAACUCAUCGGCACAAAAGCUUUUUAUCUAGGGUACGAAGCUUCGCGAGGUACAACAAUGGAGGAAUCGAACGAAUCGAAGUCUCCCAGAGAUACGGAGGGCCACGGCACACACACCGCCUCCACCGCCGCCGGAUCUAUAGUGGCGAACGCCAGUUUGUUAGGGUACGCGGAGGGAGAAGCUCGAGGCAUGGCGAUCAAAGCCAGGAUCGCCGUCUACAAAAUCUGCUGGACUUUUGGAUGUUACGAUUCUGACAUAUUAGCAGCGUUCGAGCAGGCUGUUAUAGAUGGCGUUGACGUGAUUUCACUUUCAGUCGGUGCUAACGGCCACGCACCUCAGUACGACUACGAUUCCAUCGCAAUCGGAGCUUUCGCCGCCGCCGAGCAUGGAAUCGUGGUUUCCUGCUCCGCCGGAAAUUCAGGACCAGAUCCAUACACCGCCGUGAACAUCGCUCCAUGGAUUUUAACAGUCGGCGCUUCAACUCUCGACCGUGACUUUCCGGCGGUUGUGACUCUCGGCGACAACACCACAUACACCGGCGUCUCACUGUACGCCGGCGAACCCCUCGGAGACAAACUCCUUCCACUGGUCUACGCCGCCGAUUGCGGCAACAGAUACUGCUACUCCGGCAGCCUCGACUCCUCGAAAGUCGCCGGGAAAAUCGUGAUCUGCGACCGCGGCGGCAAUGCCAGGGCGGAGAAAGGCAACGCCGUCCACCAAGCAGGCGGCGCCGGAAUGAUUCUCGCAAAUCUAGCCGACUCGGCCGAAGAACUCCUCGCCGACGCCCACUUCAUCCCCGCCACAAUGGUCGGAGAAAUCGCCGGAAACAAAAUCCGAGCCUACGUAAAAUCCGAUCCAAAUCCAACCGCCACAAUCACAUUCAAAGGAACAGUCAUCAGCACUUCUCCACCAGCCCCUCGAGUGGCCUCCUUCUCUAGCCGUGGGCCAAACUACCGAACCGCCGAGAUUCUCAAACCGGACGUAAUUGCCCCCGGAGUCAACAUCCUAGCUGGCUGGACCGGCUACGUGGGCCCCACCGAUUUGGAAUCCGAUUCACGAAGAGUCGCAUUCAACAUCAUUUCAGGCACUUCAAUGUCUUGCCCACACGUAAGCGGUUUGGCUGCUCUUCUCAGAAAGGCUCACCCGAAAUGGUCGCCCGCAGCUAUCAAGUCGGCCUUGAUGACGUCAGCGUACAAUUUGGACAACACCGGAGCCAAUAUUACGGACCUCGCCACCGGGGCGGAGUCGACCCCAUUUGUCCACGGGGCGGGUCACGUGGAUCCAAACCGGGCCGUCGAUCCGGGUUUGGUCUACGACUUGGAUACCACCGACUACAUAGCGUUCUUGUGCACUAUUGGGUAUGAUUCGAGGAGGAUUUCGGUUUUCACGAAGGAUGCUUCUUCGGUUGACUGCGAUAAACUAGGGUUCAAAACCCCCGGGAAUUUGAACUACCCUUCGUUUUCGGUUGUGUUUUAUGGUGAGGAGAGUGUUGUGAAGUAUAAUAGGACAGUGACAAAUGUGGGGAGUGAAGUGGAUGCGGUUUACGAGGUUAGAGUUGGAGCUCCGCCGGGUGUGGAAGUGAGUGUUUCACCUAGCAAGCUGGUGUUUAGUGAGACGGAGGAUAAGUUGUCGUACGAAGUUACUUUCAAGAGCAGCUCGAGUGCUUCUUCGGGAUUGGAGAUUGUGGGCAGUGCCAAGUCUUCGUUCGGGUCGAUCGAGUGGAGCGAUGGCGGCAGCCACCUUGUGAGGAGCCCGAUCGCGGCGGUGUGGCGCACGAGCUCGGCGGUGGCAAUGUGAAGUUGAUGGUUGAUGAUUUCUAACGAUACAAUAAUCGAGCCGUGUUGAUCGAAAGGGGGUGGGGGGGAUGGUGCAAAGAAAUUGGAGAGGGGGGAGGGGGGUUUCAUUGUUAAUCUAUUCUCUUGUAUGUGGAAUAAGGAUUUAUGUACAUUAGGAAACUGAUGUAUAAGUUAUGUGAUGGUUUGUACAUUAUUUAUUUAGUUUUCUUCUCUACUAAAUUAAUGUUGUAAUGCUUUGUCUCUUGUUGGAGGUAUAUUGAGACAGUGGAAGGAGAUUUAAAUGUAAGCAAUGUACCUUUUUUAUUGCAAUGCUUUUUUUUUAAAGACUUGUGAUUUUCAGUA